AUCAUUCUUUGGUACUGCAACCAGUUGAAUCACAUUGCACUGUAGGCGGAAUAGCGAGUUCAUUGCAUUUUCCGGCUCUGACCAUGCCACGUUUCGAGGGGAAAGUUGCUAUUGUGACAGGUUCCUCCUCUGGCAUUGGUGCCGAGACAGCCGUUUUAUUUGCCAAAGAAGGUGCAAAAGUGACGAUCACAGGAAGAAACCAAGAUGGUCUUGAGGCUACUAAACAAUCCAUCAUCAGCGCAGGUGGCAAUGAAGAGAACAUCAAUGUUGUCAAUGCCGAUAUUACCGAUUCAAUGGGACGUGAGAAAAUUGUCAAUAGUACCGUGGAAAAAUGGGGACAAAUCGAUAUCUUGAUCAAUAAUGCCGGUGGUUCGGUGGUUGACGAGAAGAAUCAAGGUGGCGCAACAGCGGAGUUAGACAUCCUAAGAAAGACUAUGGAAUUGAAUGUUUACAGCGCUCUUCACAUGACACAGCUAGCUCGUCCUCAUUUAGCAAAAGCAAAAGGUGAAGUGGUCAAUGUUUCCAGCAUUGCUGGGCAACCAAAAGGAGCCCCAAAAUACCUUUAUUAUGCAAUGGCAAAAGCAGCUUUGGACCAGAUGACUCGUGGCUUGGCAAUAGAACUCAUUGCUGAAGGAGUCCGUGUGAAUAGUGUUAGUCCUGGAGCUGUUGUCACGAAAUUCCUACAACAUGCCGGAAUGACAGAUGACCAAGCUGCUGAGUUCUACAAAAAAUUCGCCAGCACUGCGGACUCACUGCCAAUUCGAGAACUUGGCGAACCGGUGGACAUUGCUAAUGCCAUAGCAUUUUUAGCUGAUCGUAAAGCAUCACGCUAUAUUAUCGGACAAACAUUUGUAAUUGAUGGUGGUACAAUGCUUGUUACCGCUUCGAAUGCAGCUGUUUUCAAAGACUAAUCAGUGAGAAGUAUUCCGCUAAGGUUUUGCAGAUUUUAUCUCCAAUAAAGGCAUUCUUUCUCAAAAAAAA